CACAAUGAGGACCUAUGAAAGAAAGACUGAACGAGCUGAUACACCAAACGAUGUCCUAGAAAGAGCUUGUCAUCUAAUAAGUUUUGACACAAAAAGUAUUAAUGCAACUUCAAAACAAUAUAAAAUUGCCUAUAAGACAUUACGUCGUUAUGUGGCGACACUAAAGGAGAAAUUGGAACGUAAUCCGAACUUGACGAGAGCAGAAUUAACUUUGGACUCAGUGGGAUAUAUUAAAAAUAGGCAAGUUUUCACUGAUGAAGAAGAAGAAGUUUUAGCAAGUUAUUUAAAGAAAGCCGAUGAUAUUUAUUAUGGAUUGAUACCAGAUGAGACCCGAAAAUUAGCAUGUCAGUUCGCCAUAAAACGUAACAAAGCUAUGCCUGAUUCUUGGAGAACAAAAUUGUUAGCCGGCGAAGAUUGGUUAGGCUCGUUUCUCAAACGUCAUCCUUCUUUAUCCAUAAGGACACCUCAAGCAACAAGCCUUUUAAGAGCUACAUCAUUCAACAAACAAAACGUCAAGCUGACGUUGUUAUCUAGGAUCAUGGAUGUGCCAGGAACAUCUGCUGAAUAUUCAGAAGAUGAAGUAUAG